AACAUUUCUCGCUGUUUCACAACAUCACAGGAAGCGCACGAGCGACGCUUUUAAAUACUACUUUCACCUAACCUAGUUGGCAUGUUGUUGUUUUAACGCGGUCUUUGAGGAUACUCCUAAACAUGGGAUAGUGUUGUCAGUCCGCUGCAUUUCACUUUGACGCCAUGGCUUCUCUAUCAUGGCUGGAGCGUCUGAGCGGCGCUGCGCUGUCACAAGUCGACAUGGCAGCUUGCCUAGUGUUCCUGCUCGUGUUGGGUUUGGUUUAUGCACAUCACAAAGGACGGGACCUCGCAAAUAUCCCACCAGGUCCGAAGCCGUGGCCGGUAGUCGGCAACUUCGGCUUCUUCCUCGUCCCCUCUUUCAUCCGGAAGACGUUUGGGCAUAAAUCAGACAGCGCCGACAAGAGCGCCAUGAUUGUUUUAACGGAACAAGCUCAGGUGUAUGGUAACAUCUACAGCAUCUUUGUAGGGAGUCAGCUGAUGGUGGUGCUGAAUGGCUACGAGGUGGUCAAGGAUGCACUUUCAAACCAUCCCGAGGUGUUCUCCGACAGACCAGAUAUCCCUUCUGUCACCAUCAUGACCAAACGCAAAGGGAUAGUCUUUGCACCUUACGGGCCAGUGUGGAGAAAGCAGCGCAAGUUUUGCCACAGCACACUCCGAAACUUUGGCCUGGGGAAAUUGAGCUUGGAGCCUUGCAUCCAGCAAGGCCUGGCGACCGUCAAAUCGGAGCUGCUGCAGCUGAGUGAGAGGUCGGGCUCCAGCGGCGUGGACCUGGCCCCGCUGAUCAGCAACGCCGUGUCAAACGUCAUCUGCUCGCUGAUCCUGGGACAGCGUUUCCACCACGAGGACCGCGAGUUCCGCAAGCUGCUGGACCUGAUGGAUCGUGGGCUGGAGAUCUGCGUGAGCAGCCCCGCGGUCCUCAUCAACGUCGUCCCACUGCUGUACUACUUGCCCUUUGGGGUGUUCAAGGAGCUGCGUCAGGUGGAGGGAGACAUCACGGCGUUCCUGAAGGGGAUCAUCGCAAAGCAUCGGGAAACAUUAGAUCCUGCCCACCCGAGGGAUCUCGUAGACAUGUACUUGAUGGAGAUGUUGGCCCAGCGAGCUGCUGGAGAGGAGAACAGCAGCUUCACAGAAGAGUAUCUCUUUUAUAUAAUAGGAGAUCUCUUCAUCGCUGGCACCGACACCACCGCGAAUUCAGUGUUGUGGAUCAUGCUCUACAUGGUGCUACACCCUGAUAUCCAAGACAAGGUCCAGGCAGAGAUCGAUGGAGUGGUGGGCACACGGCACACCCUGUCUUUGACUGACAAGGGAAGUUUGCCUAUUACUGAAGCCACCAUCAUGGAGGUGCAGAGACUGACUGUUGCGGUUCCUCUGGCUAUUCCUCACAUGGCCUCCGAGACAACAGAGUUCAGAGGCUACACUAUUCCGAAAGGAACAGUUAUUGUGCCCAACCUGUGGUCUGUCCAUAGAGAUCCCACAGUAUGGGACGAGCCAGACACUUUCAACCCAGCACGCUUCUUAGACGAGGAGGGAAAGUUGCUCAGGAAGGAGUGCUUCAUCCCAUUCGGGAUCGGUCGCAGGGUGUGCAUGGGUGAACAGCUGGCGAAGAUGGAGCUGUUCCUGACGGUUACCAGCUUACUGCAGGCCUUUAAAUUCCGACUUCCAGAGGGAGCGCCUCCUCCUACGCUGACCGGACGAUUCGGCCUGACGCUGGCUCCCUGCCCGUACGGCGUGUGUGUGAGCCCUCGGAGAUGAAACGCUGGAAUGUUCUGUUCCAGCAGAUUUUCUCCAAAUCAAAAACCUUUACCAACCGCAAUGUGGGUAAAGGUCUCGUAGAGAGACGAUAUAAUCUGUGCAUAAUGGAGAAAAAAAAGUGUGUUCUGAUUGGAAUGUAGCUUCUUUAUGGCUGCAUAUCAUCUGUUCAUCUCUACAAUGCUAUGAUCCAAAGCAGCUUUUAAUCCUCUCAUUUAGGAAGUGAGAACCAUUGAAUGUUUAAUGUAUAAAUAUAUUUACUUGAUAAUUAAGUUAUAAUUAAGGUCUACAAUCAGUUUUAUGAUUCAUGCCACUGAGAAAUUAGCACACGUGUUAUUAGGGCAUUAGGAUAAGAAAGACUUUUAAAAUAUAUUUUCCUUACGGAUGUGAUGAAUUGUUGGCAAUGUGUCAAUAAAGAGUUUAUCUUAAUAA